AUGGAGGAUCUUUUCCAGCCCAUCAAAACGACUCGCAAAGUCCAGGCCAAUAUCGACAGGUUCGAGACAUUAUCCUUGAAGGAUCCGACGACCUCACACCAUCCGGCCAGUACAAAAUCCAAGGUGUCAAUUGUCGACCUCGGAUCGGAAGGCAGUGAUGCGGCCGGCCAGAACUCCUCAUACCGGCCAUCGCAUGACUCGUCUCUGACGUCAGCCUCCACCGACUCGCGUCAAAGCAGCCACAAACGCCAGGCGUCAGCGGCAUUCAUUCAAAAAUCAUAUUUGGAGAGGCCACCACCUCCUUCCCUACCCGAUGAUGCACGAGAAAUCCUGAAGGGUCAGCCGGAGGUCGAAGAUCUGGCUGCGGUCCUCCAAUAUCUCCAGUAUGGCAUCGCCGGCAAACAUGACUUCAACGUCCACGUCCCAAGCCCCAAGGCUUCUCAGAUCAUCAAUGUGCUGGUCACGGCCACUAUACCAGACCUGUGGGCUCCUUUGCAGCAGAAGCGGUUGUCGCGGAAUCACGCAAAUCUCAAGGCCAACUUGCUCUCAUCCUUGACCAGUGUGGCUGGACUGGGUGCGCUCCUCAUGCAGGUCAAGCGACUUUCCGCCUCUAGCACGGGGCGGCAAAAUCCUCUACUCGUUGAUACGAUCUCAGUUUUGUCAUCGAUUCUUGCUGGCACUCAGAUCUUGUCCAGGUUAUUGCACGACGCCCUGACGCUGCUUUCGGCUGAGGCACAGCGACGAGCCUUCUGGCAAGAGGUGGUUGCUUUGUUGGCGGGCAGCAAGGUACUCUCAACCAUGUCUCAGGUAUUCGCAACGCAACAGGACCUUGAAGGACUGGCCCCGGCGCCGAAAUGGCUUGGAGAUGGGCUCGAGUAUUCGAAAUGGCUUGCAAAGAAUAUCUCGGCUGUUGCAGUCACCACGCUGCCCUCUACCCACCCUCAGCAGACAAAAUUGCUUUCCCAAGUAUUGAAGCGGUCUUUGAGCCUUGGAUACCGCGACACACUCAUCACCGAGCUCUACACCUCCCUUCUUCUUGGAAACCGGGCAUUAUGGACACCGAUGCACAAAUUGAUGGAAACCCUUUCGUCGUAUGAUCAAAGGGCUAUCUUCGACACAAUCCUGCGAGAUCUGGCACGGAAAUUCUUGCAGACUGGAGGUGAAGCUGUGCGAGACAGGGAAUCUUUGAUGAGAAACGCUUCGACAGUCUCAGGAGUCGCAGCUAUGGUCAAGGGACUUACACAGAACAAUGUCUUGUUGGAGGAACAUGUUGUCUAUUGGUUGACUAGCACGAGUGGGGAGUACGCUGGUCUCGGUCUUGACACUCGAAGAGCUGUCACUGCAACGCUUGCUACAAGUCAAGAUAAGCUUGGGCGGGUUCUUGAGAAGGCUAUGGAGACCUUUGGAAACAAAGUUCAGAUUCAGCAUGAUGCUAUCCUUCAGCAGGAGUCAACGGCCCAAACCAUUCUGCUUGCUGUCGGCUACCUCGGGCGCUUGGACAAGAAUGCUCUAAGAAGGAUAUCCAGCUCUGGCACCUUCAUUCGUAUGGUCUCGAACAGACUCUCCGCGUCCGUCCCCCGUGCUCGAUUUCUGGGCAUGAUAGUCGCUGUAGCUGUGUCCAGGCUGGUAGAUAAACCGGACAAGGUCAUGAACUUUGGCAUAGAAGAGCUGGAAUCGGCGGAGGCCCAUGGCUGGCUCGACCUUGUCCACAUCCAAGACGAGGUCGGGAGCAUAGAAGAUCUGCCAGCUGCCGCGCCCGAACCGGUCAAGAAGCGCAUUUUGCAACCGAGUUCGAAGCCUGUCAAGCGCGAACGACUGUCGACGGCUCACUUCCCCACGACAUCGAAGAUUAUCGCCAUCGAAGAGCUAUCUGACUCAGACAAGGCAGGAUCGGGCAUUGAAGAGGGGGGCAAGGAAGACGAAGAGGAUGCCGACUUACGCUCCUAUGCGCCUCCGGAUAGCGACCCUGAAGACUCAGAUGACGAUCCCACCCUCGUCAAUCGCAACAAACCGACUGCGCCCGUCUAUAUAACGUCCCUCGUCAAGCAGCUCAACGCCAGCGAUGAUCUACCAGCGAUGGAACUGGCACUGAAGACGGCCCCGUCUUUGAUCCGUCGGAAAGCCAACUUUGGCGACGAAUUGUCCUCCAACAUCCUCCCACUUGCUUCGACUCUUCUCAACCUGCAGGAGAUCACGUCGAUGGAGGACACGUCGCGGUUACGGCUCGAAGCUCUGGUCGCAUGCCUCGUAUCGAAGCCAGCCAUCAUGGGCCCUUGGAUGGCGAGCACAUACUUCGAAGGGGACCUCUCUUUGUCGACACGUUCAGCUCUCUUGGCAGCCGUGGCUCUCGGGGCCAGAGAAUUCGCCGGUAUCACGGACGACGACACUGAAGAGAUAACAGCGGCUUCCGCCUCAACCACGAACGAGGGAUCAUUCCCAUCCAAAAGACUCCCACCACACCUCGAGCAAGCAUAUUCCUCAGCCGUGCAACCGAUCGACAGCAUAUCAAAGACCCUGUCCUACCGUACGCUGCAGCCCAUGGCACUCGAAGCAGCCGACAAGCUCACCGGGCCCGACAUCCUCAAGGUCCGCACCUUCUCAUCCCGCAUGCAAGUGGCCGCCCGAACGGCCGUAAGGCAGGAAUCCCGCUCGAAGCGCAUCCCAAAGGACCUCCACCGUCUGUUAGCCGAGUCGAUGUACCUACCACUGUGCUCGCGCUUGACUCUGCUUCUGUCCGCGGUAUCCGCCUCGCCAUACCUCGCAAACUCAGCCCUCUUACACCCGUCGCUGCUCAAAUUGAGCGUGCAGACGCUCACCAUCCUCCUCGCCACGAUCGGCCCUCACGCGCUCCAACUGCCAACUCUGACGCGCGAGUCCCUCCUGCUCCUCACGGCACUGCACACGCUUCCGACGCUGGCGCACGACCCAAUCGUGUUGCCCCCGAUUCUGCACCUCCUCCUCACGCUCUUGGACUUGAACGUCGAAGCGGGCGCCAGUGCCGAGGAACGCCUAGUCACGGACUUUGGGCCCAUGAUUGCCGAACUCGUCUCCUGGGCGGCCGGGCUGGGGGAUCGCGUCUCGAUCCCCGAGGUGCACGAUGAUCCCGGUCUCGGGAUGGCCAUGCCCUGGCCGGUCCUGGUCGCGGGGAUACAGGUGAAAUGGCAGGAACUAGGCCGGAAGUUCCAGGGCAGGAUGUUCGGCUUGAUGGCCAGCACCGAGUUUGAUUCAUUCUAG